GAGGGGGUUCCCUACUUGUUUUCGAAAGUUGAUGAUUCGAUUUUUAUUAUAUUGAACACGGUGUGUCGAUAAUUCAGUUGUACGAUGUUUUAUUCUAUCGAUGCGUUAUUGGUGCGAUGUAACGUUUGUGCGAAAAAUUCUGUUACGAAAAACCCUACAACGAUUGCUCAUUUGUUCGGUAAUUUAUUAGUUCGAAAGUAUGUAGGCGGGUAGGUGUUCGAAGUGAAAGUACACAGGGAAAGCGUCUCUCCCAAAAUAAUAUUUUUAUUUUAAAUAUAAAUAGUAUUUACCACCAUAACUACUCACUGAACUGCACUACCUGCUGGUUUAGUGUUUUCACAUAUUUCUGAACCUAAAACACUACUUCAACAUCAACUUUGACAACAUGGAGGCAGUGGAGGCUGUUAGUGGAACACUGGCUGAGAUGAGAGCAGAGUUUAAAGAAAGAAUGUCGAGAUUCGAGGCUGGGCACAGCAGUACGCCAUCAAAGCUUGCAUCUGGUGGCACCUCAGGUCUGGCACAGGACUAUUGGGCCUUCAAACGGUUUAUUUUUGAUGCACUUGAUUGUCUGCAGCGGCAGAUGGAAUUCUUUGUCCGAGACAUGGAUGCCCAGGAGAUGAGAGGUCGCAGAAAGAUGCUGCUGAUCCACGGGGUCCCUGAGAACAAGAAUGAAAACACUUCACUGGUGGUUGCUAGUGUGGUACAGGAAAAGCUCAGUAUGGGGAACUUCAGUACCUCUGAUGUCCGCAGAUGUCGCCGGGUAGGCAGUUUCGCCAAUAAAGCAAAGCCCAGGCCCAUAUUGGUGAAGAUUCAGGACGUGGAUACCCGAGACAAGAUGUGGUAUAACAAGGCCAAGCUCAAGGGUACGAGUAUCACUAUAUCAGAGUUCCUGACGAAGACACGACACCAGGUCUUCAUGGCGGCGCGGGAUAAGUUCGGUGUGGCAAACUGCUGGACUAAGCGGGGCCACAUCUACGUUCUGGGACCGGAUGGCAUCAGACACCGCAUACUGAGUCUCGGCGAGUUGCGUGCGAUCGGCGAGCCUGCAGCAGUCACCGAGCACUCUCCUGCAGCAGUCCCCGAGCGAUCUCUUGCGGCUGUGGCUCGGAGGGGGAAGCGCGGCGCCAAUAAAAAGUGACUCCGUUAGACCUGCUUCGUUCGGGUAACAAAUCCAUUUUUAUUUCCUUUGUUUGUAGCGACAAUUCCAAUACCCUCUAUAUAUAUUUAUUUCUAUUUAAUGUAUUUAUUUCGUAUCUACCCCUCAUAACGUAUAGAUGUUAUUUUACCCCUUUUUUAUAACAUAAUAUUUUAAUUAACUCCCAUAUUUUGUUCACUCAUCGAUAAUCGAUAUAGUUUUAU